UCGCACUCUGUUGUUGGUUCACGUCGAAAAUCGGUGCGGAGAGUUUACGUCGAAUUUAAUUGAAAUUAUUUAGAUAAGAAAACGCCGAAAAAAAUGAAAAGAAUUUUACGAAGUAAUCAUAAUGUACCAGUAAUUGAACUGUCAGAUUCCGAUGAUAAUGAUUAUAAAACAUUUAAAAAAUCCGAAGAUGAGGAUUAUGUAGAGCAAAAUAAAAGGAAAAAGGAAAUUAUAGGUAAGAGACAGCCAAUUAAGAAAAGAGUGAAGAGAAAUACGCAGAGCAAAGAUGUUAAAUCUAUUAAAAGAAAAAAUCAAGAAGAAAACUUGGAGACUUCUAGCAACAAGAGACCGAAGCUAGAAGAUUCGUACACUGAUUCUAUAGAUGCAGGAGUAUCUCAAGAAAUUAAAAAAAAUUCAGUCAGCACUUAUGUAAAGGAAGAUGUAAAGGAAGAUACUUAUGUAAAACUCAAUGAAAAAUUCAACUUCAGCUUUUCCCAAUGCACGGAAUGGACAAAUAUUGAUUACAUAAGCGAAGUUAACAAUGUAGAUAGACGUAUCGCACAGAAUGUAGUGAAACUUUUCAAGGAAGACAACACUAUACCUUUUAUCGCAAGAUAUAGAAAGAACAUGACUGGAUCUAUGGAUGCGGAUAAGUUGAGGGAACUUCUAGAGAGUUUUGAGCAGGCAAAGAUUAUUAAACUUCGUGCUGCAACCAUUAUUAAGAAUAUUGAUAGAUUGGGCAAAUGGUCGCCGGAGCUUCACUCCGCUAUCUCAUCUACAAAGUCCCUUGCCGAUCUCGAAGAUAUUUAUUCUCUAUACAAACCUUCGGCAUCGAGACGACUUCUGGCAGAUAAAGCACGAGGAUUGGGCCUAGGAAGUAUCAGCGAUGCAGUUUUACAGGGAAGGGAUGUACCACCGUUGACAUCUUUAAUAGAUGAACAGAAGGAAGGUUUGCGAAACGAACAGGAAGUCAAAAGCGGUAUCGUGCAUGUAAUAGCGGACGUCAUCAGUAAAGAUAAGAACAUUUUCGACAAAGUCACCUCCCUGCGGAAAACCUUGGUUAUAGACAUACAAACGACGCGAUGUAAACCAGCAAAAGAUUCGAAAAACGCAAACGAGCAGAAGUAUGAACAGUACUUCAAUUUUAAGUCGAGCGUGAAUGCCAUCAAGCCCCAUCAUAUACUGGCUAUUAAUCGGGCCGAAUCUCAAAAGAUCAUCAGCGUGAAGAUUGUCGUUCCCGACGCUUUCGAGCAUGCGUUCAAGAACUAUUGUUUAUCGCGAUAUACACAAGAGGGAAGAAAUAGCGUGAAAAUGAUCCAUUUGAAUUUACUCAAUGAUGGCAUUGAUCACGCUUAUAAAAAAUCGAUCAAGCCUCAGAUGGUACGUCGCAUAAAGAGCGAGAUGAAGGAAAACGCGGAAAAAGCGUCCAUAGAAGUUUUUGCGACUAAUGUUAAGCAACUGUUGCUCACUCCUCCAGUGCGAGGUAAAAUUGUUCUCGGCAUAGACCCGGGUUACCGUCACGGAUGUAAGCUUGCCGUUGUAUCGGAACAAGGCGAUCUCCUCGAGACCGCUGUGAUAUACCCUCACAACCAUUCGUCAGCGUUUAAAGACGCGGCUAACACGUUGGCGAAAUUGGUGAACAAGUACAGAUGCACGAUAAUAGCUCUGGGAAACGCUACAGCGUGCAGAGAGACCGAGCUGUUUCUGACUAAAGCAAUCGAAUCGAACAUGUUUGGCUCGCUGAACGCGAUGUACACCAUUGUUGACGAGUGCGGAGCCUCGAUUUAUAGUUGUAGCCCGCAGGCGAAAUCCGAGUUUCCGGAUCUGGAUCCGAAUCUAGUGUCGGCUAUUUCGAUAGCAAGACGCUUGCAGGACCCGUUGGCGGAAUUAGUUAAAAUAGAGCCGAAGCAUUUAGGAGUUGGGAUGUAUCAACAUGACCUACCUCAGACGAAAUUGACGAAGACGCUAUCCGAAGUUGUUAUAGAGGUUGUGAGUUUUGUCGGAGUGGAUAUCAAUACAGCUUCCCAUUAUCUUUUACAACAAGUAGCCGGCUUUACGGUUUCUAGAUCUAAAAGCAUCAUAGAGUGGCGAUCCAAAAAUGGACCGUUUAGAAAUAGAGAGCAAUUAUUGAAAGUAAAGAGUAUUGGUAGCAAAACGUUCGAACAAUGCGCAGGGUUCAUAAGAAUUCUGCCAGAGACAGCAACGACUAGCGAAACUUCGUCAGAACGGAGCAAGAAAUCGGAGAACGAUUUUAAUCCCUUAGAUCAGACUUGGAUCCAUCCGGAAUCGUACGCGAUAGCGAAUAAAUUCGUACAACACUGUCAAUGCAAAUUGGACGAUAUCGGCACUCCGGCAUUUAUUGAAAAGAUAAAUUUUUACGCGAGAACUGGAUAUGGAAAUCUAGCCGCGCAGUUCGGCACCGACGAGACUACAAUGGAGACAAUAGUUAAAGCUCUGACCAUGCAGAAAGACGAGGAUAUACGAUCGAAAUUGAAUCAGCCGCUGUUUCGCAACAGCGUGAGACGUAUUGAAGAUUUGAUCGUCGGUACCAUAUUAAGCGGCGUCGUGCGGAACGUUACGCAUUUUGGAGCAUUUGUAGACGUGGGUGUUGGUAAGGAGGGUCUUGUACACGUCAGCCGUAUGAAGAAGGAUCUGCAUAUAGGCCAACGUGUGGAAGUGAAGGGUUCUUCCACCGGAGCAUCAUAUUCGAUGGGUUUGGCGCUUGGAAUAUUCUCCGGAGAUCCCUUUCAUCGCUGGGAGAACGAGGAGAUCAGAUGCAUCAUAAAGUAG